AACGGUGAGCGCGCAUCUCACAACUACAGUCACAGAUCGUCGCUUACCUUUGACACAACAUGAAAUCCUUCGUCGCUAUCCUUGCCCUCGUGGCCCUCGCCGCUGCCGAUGUGUCCCACAUCGUCCGCAACCCCGACCAGGAUGCCCAGAUCUUGAAACAAGAAGCUGACGUCUUCCCUGACCAGUACCAAUACUCUUAUGAGACCAGCAACGGCAUCGCAGCUCAAGAGUCUGGACAGCUGAAGAACGCUGGUCGUGAGGACGAGGCCAUCUCAGUUCAAGGCUCCAACCAAUACACCGCUCCCGAUGGCACUCCAAUUCAGAUCUCUUACGUCGCUGAUGAGAACGGUUACCAACCCCAGGGUGCCCAUCUUCCCACUCCUCCUCCGCCUCAGGAAAUCCCCGAAUACAUCAUCAGGUCUCUCGAGUACAUCAGGACUCACCCACCCAAAGAAGAGGGACCCGUCAAGAGGUUCUAAGUUCACCACCAAAUAGCCAAAAUUACUAACAACACACUUGAAAUAUCACUGCCAACAAUGUUUCAUCUAGUCGAAACCUUUUUUAUGUUCAAAUAAAAAAAUACAGUACUAUAUUUGGUUCGUUUCUUGUUAUCGUCACCCUGAAUGGUUAUAAUAAUAUUAUAUAAGUGAUCGAC